AAAGUUUAAUAUAUUUCAUAGUUCAAAGUUUUGUCAAUUGUUUUGUUUAUUGGUCAAAUACUGGUUUCUAAGGAGUUUUACUGGAAUGAAAGAGCGCAGUCUACAGAAGCAACAAAGCAGCAUACUGCAUUAAACCUGACCUUGCAGUGUGCGAAAAAGUGCACGUCCCACCGUCCGGGACCUGUUAUUCACAACAUCGUACAAGUAGCUAUUUAAAUUGACUUGUCCGAUGGACAAGUGACGUUAUUCACCCCUUUUUAUUGACAAAUUAUUGAUGAAUUCAGUUUACAAAAGGCAUAACUCAUUCGCAAAUUGUCCGUGUCCGCCGUUGUUGUUUGCAACCGCUUUACGUUUCCUUUUUACUCACUUACGUCUUGUCGUAAAACUGUGUGAAAAUGUAAAAUACGAUGGCGAAGAAGAAGGUUCUAGUGGCCCCAAGAGGGCAACAAAAGAUUUCUUUGGUUUGUACACAUAAUUCUCACAGUUGUAAAAUUGUGUGUUAAGUUAACAAGGAAAAUAAUUGAAAUAAAUUCUGUCAGAAAAUAGUGGAUUAAGGGCUUGAAAGGGGACUUUUAUUAAUCCCUGUGGGGAAAUUCAAUAGGCCUAGUUCAAACAGCAACAGGGUAAGGGUGAACAACAGGACAGCACAGAUUCACACAGGUUGAUCAAAUCAAAAAUAAAAUCGAAGAUACAAAUAAAAAUAAUGAAAAACUAUGAAAUAAGAAAUUAAUAAAAAAAUAAUAAUAAAAAAGGGGUAGGCCUAUGUAAAAAAUGUUUUUAAAAAAAAGAAAAAAGGGGGGGAUUGAAAGGGGGUCUUUAUGUACCAAGGGGCUUGAAAGGUGGCAUAUCAAAUUAUUUCAGAAAAAACCCCCAAAAAAUGCAGAAAGGUUUGUGGGGAGUCUACGAGUACCUAAAAUUCAUGUUGCCAAAAAUCUAUAAUUUGUCUGCAAGAACAGGAGUCUGAACAACAGCCUGAACAUGCUGAAACGAGUCCUCAGAGAGUCUCAGAGUGUGAGCAGAACGAUGACCCCCCCAGUCACGAGAAAGCCUCUGCUAAAAGGCCAUGUUCCGUUAUCUCACCAAUGGCUGGUCCAUCUAAAAAGGCCAAGAGUGACAUCGCCCUGACACCCAAGAGGAAAAGAACAUUUAUUGAGACUUGGAAAACCCAGUUUCCAUGGGUAAGAUGUGUGGACGACAUCAUGUUCUGUGAGGUCUGCAGAGAAUAUCCAUCCAUUGCUGACCACAACAGUAAACUGUACGAGGGUGUCACAGGGUCAAAAUGCAUUGAGACACUUCAGUCACACGAGUCCAGCAAAUAUCACCUUCUCUGCAUUCAAAGGAAAGAGGUCACAGAGAAAGGCACAGGGCCAAUGUUUGUGGCUCUCAAGAAGCAGGCAGAAAAUAUGGACGACCAACUGAAACCCAUGUUCAACACAGCGUUUUAUGUCGCCAAACAAAAGCUGCCUUUCCGUUCAUUUGAGGGCCUCAUCGAACUUCAAGAGAAGAAUGGCAUUAAAAUGCCGACACAGUACCGGAACGAUAAGGGGUGCAAGGCAUUUGUGCUGGCCAUUGCAGAAGUCGAUAAGGACAGAGUUUCUGAAGACCUCAAGGCUUCAAGAUUCUUUGCUCUGAUGGGAGAUGGAUCCACGGAUAUAUCUGUGACAGAACAGGAGAAUGUAUAUGUUAGCUACGUCAAAGAUGGACUUCCAACCACAGAGUUCAUUGACAUCAUGGCUGUAAAGUCAGCUGAUGCUAAUGGUGUGCUGGCAGCCCUCCUCGAGGCACUACAUCAUGUCGACCUAACAGAUGGAGACAUAAAGAAGAAAAUAAUAGCCUGCACAUUUGAUGGUGCCAGCGUUAAAGCCCCUGUCACACUGUCCCGAAAUUGACACCCGAUGGACACACAAUAAAG